UGUGAUGUCCAUACGGUCACUAAACUCAUUCUGAACCUAUCCAUGACCUCAGUGAAGCUGCACAAGUCCACUCAUAAAACCUCCCCAUGGGGAAACCAGGACAACAAUUUCGGCCAAAAGAUAACAGGAAUGGCAACUCAGGUAUUGAAGACAUUCACUGAAAGUAGCCAUGAAGACUGGAAUACAACAGGCAGGAAGCCGGAAUGUCAUGGUUCAGUUUGCACUUGGAAGCCUGCUGCCGGGAAUGAGAUCAAAAAGAAAGAAAAGAAAGACAAGCUUGAAGUCAUUGGUGCACCUAAGAAAACAGAGAAGUAUCUGAUGAAGAAGAAGAAGAAGAGCAAAGAUGAUUCUUCGGAUAACAGCAGCACGGGCAGCAGCAGCACCGGCAGCAGCACCAGCAGCAGUGACAGUGAAGAUGAUGGUUAUAACAAGAGGAAGAAAUAAACAGUCAAUCACAAGCGAGCAGAAAAAAAAUGAGCACGAUGUAAAAUAAGAAGAAUAAAGGCACAAAGCAAACACUUUAUGGACAUAAGUACGAAAAUAAAAGUCCAUGAAUCAUGUCUAUUAAUGCCACGAUUAUAUUUAGUUGCUUAAUAAUUGUGGUGUGCAUCAUGCAAUAAUACAUGUAU